AUGCCCGCGAGUCUCACAGAAUCCCAUCCUUGUCUCCCCGCCAAGCUACUCGACAGUUUCAAAUCCGAUCCCCUCAUCGGCUCCAACACCAUCAUCUAUGACAAGGCGAUCGAAACAUUCCGUGCCAGCGUCAUCACUUCCGAAGUGGUGCUGCGCGCUGAGGCUCUCUACAAGAGCCCUCCUGCAGCCCUGACGCGCGGACUGACAGUGAAAGGAAUGGAGGGGGCGAGUUACCUCCAUCUCGCCGUCGCCCGCGGUGACAUCCCCCUCACAUACGAGUGCCUCCGCCUCGGCGUCGGCGUGGACAUCUCGGACAUGUGCGGCAGGACACCGCUCCUCCUCGCGACAGAGAUGAUUGCAAAUACAGUGGAAUCGCAGGCCGCUGGGAGGGACGGAGCCAACAACAAGGCCGCGGAGACCCGCGCUCGCCUCGUCCGUAUCGCGACGCUGCUGAUUGAGCAGCAUGCCGAGCUGUAUGUCGCUCAGCGUGGCGGCGGCGACUCCAUCUUCGGAUACGCCUUCAAUACCCUCCAGUGGCCCUUGAUCGAGCUACUCCUGCGCCACGGUGCACAACCGGUGAAACUGAACGUGGCACCUUAG